AUGGUGGUUAUAAGGAAUGACCCAGCUAAACGAUCGGUGCUAAAGAAGUAUUUGUCCAUGGAGUUUGAAAUGAAAGAUGUUAGAUCUCUGAAAUACUUUCUUGGAAUUGAGGUUUCAAGAAGCAAGUUUGGAAUAUUUAUGUCCCAAAGGAAGUAUAUUAUUGAUUUGUUAAAAAAGACUGAGAUGUCAGCAUGUAAACCUGUAGCAACUCUGUGUGUUGAAGGAACGAAGUUGAGUAUUGACCAGAAUCAAGUACCGGUAGACAAAGGAAGAUAUCAGAGGUUAGUUAGGAGAUUGAUGUAUUUGGAUCAUACAAGACCUAAUCUUGCUCAUGCCCUGAGUGUGGUCUUCAAGGGCACUCUUGAUGAUGGAACCAUCGCCGCUAUCAAGCACACCAAGCACGGUGACACCGAGGGCAUUGAUCAUAUUCUUAACGAGGUUCGAAUUCUCUGCCAGGUGAACCAUAGGAGCCUGGUGAGACUCAUUGGCCGCUCGGAAAAUGGGCUCCGAUUGGUUGGCGUCAGAGGCUCCGAAUUGCUCACCAAACAGCUGAAGGCCUUGUCUAUCCUUCACUCUUCUGCAGUGCAGCCCAUUUACCACGGUGACGUGAAAUCCAGCAACAUAUUGCUGGAUGAAGAUUUUGAGGCAAAACUUUCAGACUUCGGGAUCUCGAGGCUGGUUGAGGACAGAGAAACCAGUAAUCAGGGGACCCCCGGUUAUCUAGACCCUGACUACCUCAUACGAGAGGAAGAUACGAGAUUGGUGCCGUACAUGAAAAAGGUAUUGAAACGAAGGUUGAUGGAUGCUGUCGAUCCAGUUAUUAAAGAGGGAGCACAAAUUGGAGACGAUGAAGGCACCGGGAUUUCUUGCCCGAUCGUGCUUCAAUGA